UUUGUUUUGAAACGCCGUACUUCCGGUCCACAGAGGGAAAGUCCUUCAAGGCUUGCGACAAAAUGGCCAUGAUAAGAGUCUUGUCGCUUAUUCUGUCCGUCCUGUCAACUGUAACGCUUUUAUGGACACAGUCUGGCGAAUGCAAUAAUGGUCGAAGGUCAGGAGAUGCGGUGGACACCGAUUUUAGCGGAUUCUCUGUGCCACUAGAGCACUCAUUUGAAGUGGAUGAUGUCCCCAGAUUUCGCCUUCGUGGUGCCCUGCAAUUCAGGGGUGGAAGAGAAAACGGUGUGUAUCUCUCCCAAAACCAGCUCUCUGAAAAAGACAGGAAUACACUGAAGGAUGUGGCAGCAGUUGAUGGUCUGUACAGGAUUCGAGUGCCUAGAGUCUCUCUACAGAUGGAUCGGCAGACAGAGAGACAGUCUGAAGGUUACCUUACUACAUUCGUUAGAGCUUGCUCGCUAGUGGAGUCCCACCUCAGUGAUGUCAUCACGCUUCACACUGAUGUCAGCGGAUACGUCAUUGGCGUUUCCAUAGUAACAAUCCCUGGGUCAUGUCGUGGGAUAGAGGUGGAGGAUGAGGUUGACCUGGAAGUCUUUAACACAACAGUAAGCGUUGUGUCGCCAGUCACUGCACCUCCACCUGAAACAGCACCCUACAUUGAGAGGAUGGAGCAGGAAAUGGAAAAGAAAGGCAAAAACCCACAAGAGCAGAAAUCCUUCUUUGCCAAAUAUUGGUAUUUGAUUCUGGGAGGUGCAGUGUUCCUCAUGGCCACCAGUUCAGCACAGACCCCACCAGGGGGCGCCAGAGAGCAGAGCUGAUUUCCAUUCAUUUCAAUGGAUGUAUAUUGUCCCUCUCGUUCUUUUCCUGAUGAUGUCUGGAGCUCAGGAUCAGUCUGGAGGCGGAGCCGGAGGUGGGGCGGCCAAUGGCGGAGGACGAUGAUUCCCGUGGCAACAAAAACUCCUGUGUUGUACAUAAUAAUUUAAAGCAGAUUUUGAGUUCAUUGACACGCAUAAUGACAUACAUUUACAAACGAAGGAACGUUCUAGAGAGAUAAUGAUGGAAAAGUUUAACUUAUAACUGCAUUCUUGAAUUGCGUUUUUACUACUGAUUUAAUAAAAUAGUUUGACGACCGUUGAAA